UGAGUAAGUGAACUGUAGACGCAAAUCGGCGAGAUGAUCAUGCAAGACGACUCGUCAUACGACCGAAGACGUGUUGAUUUCUUUCGACGAGGAAAAAACUCGACACUAAAUUGAGUUUAAUAGAAUAAUAAUUGAAGUUAAGUAGCGCGGCAGUACAUAAAUAAGUUCUAUCGAAUUUGUUUCAUUGACGAUGUAUUCAGUCAAAGAUCAUCUUCGGAGCGAUUCAUCACGAAAACUAAGUCUUGAGAAGUGAAUUUGUUUUUUCAAACUGAAUAUUGUUUAGGAAUUUGUGCUUCAAAAUGCAAGCCAAUUGUUUGGUUCUGUUUUUAAUCUUACUGGUGGUAAACAUAGAUUUGAGUGUUGGUGAACCAAAACGUUCGUUUGGAUUUGGUCGAAGUCGACCGAAAAGUAACAGUAAUUUAAGUGUUCGUCGACGUGGUCAUUUAGCAGAAACACCAAAAGCACCAGCUCCAGCACCGAAACAAACGCAUACCGCACAUGCAUCUCAUGCAGCAUCGGCGCCACAGGGACCGCCACCAGCUUACUCUGCCGGUCCCAGUGCAGGAAAAACAAGCCUAAAUGCUGCACCACCAGUCUAUUCAAGUCAUGGUGCUGCACCGCCGAGUUAUUCAACUGCAAUGGGCCAUGGAAAAUAUCCACAACAACCAGGCUACUCGGGCGUAAACAGUGGUUCGAAUUUAAAUCAUCAAUCGGCACCAAGCUAUGGAUGGAAUACAAACAGUCAUAAUAGUCAUUAUGGAAACAAUGGGCAUUAUGGAGGGGCCAGUCAUGGAGGAUACGCACAACCACCGCCAAAUUAUGGUGGAUAUCAUUCAGGCGGAUAUGGAGGUAUGCCAAACUAUGGAGGCUAUGGUGGAAUGAUGGGAGGAGGUAUGAUGGGUGGGAUGGGUGGUAUGGGUGGAAUGGGUGGAAUGGGUGGUAUGGGAGUUCAACCAAUAUAUAUGCAACAACAAAAACCAAGUCUUUUAGGUGGUGUUGCUGGAUAUGCUCUAACGGGUUUGGCUGGUUAUCAAUUGGCUAGAGCUUUGGGAGGUGGCAAUGGAUACAAUUCGCAUUCACAAUCAACACAACACAUCUACCAUCACUACGACAGUCCGCAGCAAAAUGGUCAAAUGCCAUCAAUUAGUGAAAACUCACAAACUCCCCCACAGACGCCACAACAAACCUUGCAAACACCUUCUCAAAACCCACAAACAAACCCACAAUACAGUCCAUCUUUCCCAAUUAAUCCUGAUGUUCCGUCAGUUCCUCUAGCUCCGUUCCCCAGUGAAGUGCCGACCACUGUUUCACCAGAUUGCAAAGAGAACUGCACAACUGAAGCAAAUUUUGCUUCAGUUACUCCAGUACCCGAGGCCGAAUUCUCAUUCGCGAACAUUCACCCGUCGCUAUUUCUAUAUGCUUAUCCUGUACCGAACAAAGAUCUAGAAUAUUGGGCCAAAUCGGUUGACAAAAAAUUAAAUUUAACGGCUCCGGAUGCCAACAAUCCACAAACGACGACAACACCAUAAAAAAAAUCGAGUACAAAACACACGAUAUGAGGCGCAAAAGUAAUAAAUACGCCUAUUAUGUUCUUACAAUAAGUUAUUGUUGAUGAAAAAUGACGUUCAUUUGUCUCAUUAUAGUCUAACAUAAAUGAUAUUUAAGAGCAAUUGAGAUAAAUAAACCUAAGUGCCAAUUAUACUCAUCUUUAUCACAGAACCCACAACAGCUUCACAUUCCGUUGUACACUUAUUUGUUGUAAAAUACUUUUUUUUCUAAAGAAAACUCUCUAAUAAAUCUGUGCAUUUAUCUGAG